AGGUUUCCUUGGCUGAUUAGGCUUUUCGUAUUUCAUAUUAUGCGAAUUGAAAUUCACCAUAACGAAAGCAAUGGUUGAGAAGACCAAGGAACCUAAGAAGGGCUCUAUCACCGAAGAAGAUACCGCCACUCUCUUGCAAAGGUACGCGCCGACGACUGUACUGGCCCUGCUGCAAGAAGUGGCGAACUCGCCAGAGGGGAAGAUUGAUUGGAAUCGGUUGGUGGCCAAGACUUCAACUGGAAUUUCCAAUGCCAGAGAGUAUCAGAUGCUUUGGCGCCAUUUAGCGUAUCGAGAAGCACUGCUUGACAAAUUAGACAAUGGGGCUCAACCUUUGGAUGAUGAUAGUGAUUUAGAAUAUGAAGUGGAAGCUCAUCCUGCUGUUAGUGCUGAAGCUUCAACAGAAGCUGCGGCAUGUGUGAAGGUUCUAAUUUCAUCAGGUUUAUCAAGUGACUCAAGUCAUCAAAAUGGCUUAACUGUUGAGGGUUUGUUGUCCAUGAAUUUACCCAAUCAGUCAUCUAGAUCUCAACAAAAUUUACAACCAACAUGUUCAAUGCAAGGGAAGAACAUUACAGUUCCGGUUUCUGUUUUGAAAAAUUCCCUUCCUGUGACAACAACUACAGUGGAAACUGCUGAAGGAGAUGAUGCAUUAGUAAAUGGCAUGGCUCCUCGAAAGAGAAGAAAGAAGUGGUCUGAGGCUGAGGAUUUGGAGCUGAUUGCUGCUGUGCAGAAAUAUGGUGAAGGAAAUUGGGCAAAUAUCUUACGAGGAGAUUUCAAAGGGGACAGAACACCUAGUCAGCUAGCUCAGAGGUGGAAAAAUAUUAGGAAGAACAAUGUAGACUUGAAUGUUGGAGGCAGCUCAAGUAAACUUUCAGAAGCACAGUUGGCAGCUCGUCAUUCAUUGUCCAUAGCCCUGAAUAUGCCUAACAUAACAGCUAAUACAAUUGGCACUGCUGGGACAAGUACACACAGCAAGCUUGCUGGAACAAAUGCAACUAGUAACUCUCUGCAUUUUACUACUGCUGAAGCUAAACUGCAGUCCCAAAAAGGCCUUAACCCAGUGAAAGCUGAAGCAAAACCGCAGUCCCAGGAAGGCCUUAACCCAGCGAAAACAUAUCAAAUGGGAUUGUCAGGUUCCACGACAAAAGCUCCAGUGAUCGCCAAAAAAACUAUACCGAAGCUUACUGAUAGUAUGGUAAGAGCCGCUGCGGUUGCUGCUGGGGCACGCAUUGCUUUUCCUUCGGAUGCUGCAUCACUUCUCAAGGCUGCUCAGGCAAAGAAUGCUGUCCAUAUCAUGCCUACAGUUGGUUCUUCUACCCAAUCGGUUAAACCUGGUGGCAUGUCUACCCACUCAGAACUUCCUCCUAAUGUACAUAUACUGCGUAGCAGCUCGGUUGCUACGCCACUUUCGACCCCUUCAUCCACUGCUGCCACACCUAGCACCACACGCCCUCGGUCUUCAAAAGUUCUUCCUCAGGCAAGUCAGCACACUCCAACUAAAGACGCAAUGUUAUCCAGACAGACCAAUGGCGUUAGCUGUAACCUGGAUGCUGAGCAGGUACAAGAUGGAGCAGUUAUCUCUAGGGAUGGACCGAAUGACCAAGGUCAAAAGGAUAAAAGGGAUUCACCUGACCAGAAAGCUGAGUCAAAAAAUUUAUCAACUAAUGCUGAAAAACCUGUUGAUACUCUGAAGAUUGAAAGUGAUGAGACCGAUAGUGCUGUCACAGGUGUACAAGCUGAAGAGAGAAAAAGUGCAAAAGAUAAUGAGCUUCCGCAUUCAUCUGUUAAUGUAGGAGCCAGUGACCCAUCUGUAGUUGAUGGUUGUGAAAACCGAAGCGCAAGUGAGAAGCAGACGGAUCUUGCCAUUGAAACAGAUGGAUGCAAGGGAAAACAGGUCGUAAGCAAAGAGGAGGGUGACAUUAGGGUCUAGGGGGAGAAGAAGAUUAGAGUAUCUUGUAAAGCUUGUGAUGUAAAUUUAGACCUAAUGAAUGCUUUGGAACUAUGGAUGGAUGGAUGGUUUUUGUCAAUGAUGUAAGUUCGUGUCAAUUUUGGAUGGUGAUGGUGUGUUCCUGUGUUGCAUUACACUAUUCAAGUUGAGCUCCAUGUUGAAUUGUGGAGUCACUCAA